AUGAACUACCAUGAUCAGCAUCGUUUACCUUACAAUUUUAUGCACUGUACAUUUUGCACCCUAUAUUCCAAUGGAUAUAUAAAGCUACAGGAAUAUGCGAAACAACAAGAAAUACAACAUCGCCGUAAAAUCAUUCUUCCUUGCGUAAUUCCAUGGGAAUAUGGAUCUAAUAAAUAUGCCAGUCAAAAAGGUACCGGUGGUUUUGGUACCAUUCGAAAUUCCACAACAACAAUCAAAUGCAGUAAACAAUUAAGCGAAAGUAAUGAUGGUGUAGUACCAUGGAUGAAUUGUCCUCAAUUACGUGAUAAGGAACUUGCAUCUCAAGCAGGUCUUACACCAUUUGGUGGAAUUCGAGAGCAUGCUAUUAAAGUGCAGGAUAAGGAAGGUGAAAAGAAAAAAGAUAUCAACAAAAUUGUUGGCGAUCAAACAAGCGAAUGUAUAUUGAAAAUUUGGUCGCAAGCAAAUCCGAACGCUAAAAAUGGUCAAUUAUUUGGAAAACAUCGGGAUGCUGUAAUGAAAGUAAAGGGCGGUCGACAAUUUAGUCAAGAAGAAUUAAAUGCCAGCCGAGCAGCUAUCCCAAAAUUUCAAGAUCCACGUGAAACUAUUGCAGCAAAAGCAAAAAAAGCUGACAGUGUUCGAUCGAAUGGAUUACUUAGCAAUAGACGAGUAAGUAUGCAAAUUAAAAAUGAAAAGGAAACUGAAGAUGAUACGUUGGAUUCAAAUUAUAUGGCCUGGAUUGGUGGACAAUUAACUUUACAAUCACAACAAAUACAGUCGAAUGGUUCUCGAAAAUCUCCCGAUAUCAUCUCGAAAUCCUAUUUUGAUCGAGUGAUGAAUGAGAGAGAAUAUUUGAUCGGGAAAGCAAAGAAAGAGAAAGCACAAUGUCAAGAACGAGAUGGAAGAGGAAAAGGAAAGGUUAAAGAUAAAUUUGAAUUUGAUGGAAGAGAAAGAAGAAUCAAUGAAGCAGAAAUAGCAAAAUGGAAAAUGAAAGAGCAAAAUAGCAAUAUUGCUACUGAUAUUAUUCCGCUUUACCAUUAA